AUGGGGAACAACAGCAGCUCCACGGUGGAUGAUCUGCAGGCCGUGGAGAUCCACCACUGGUACAAAAAGUUCAUGAAGGAGUGUCCUUCUGGCCAGCUGACAGAGCAUGAAUUUAAACAGUUCUUUGGUCUCCGAGGGCUGGAUCCAGAAGCCAAUGAGUACAUCGAGCAGAUGUUCCGUACCUUUGAUAUGAACAAGGAUGGAUAUAUUGACUUCAUGGAAUAUGUGGCUGCCCUCAGCCUAGUUCUGCGUGGCAAGAUGGAGCAGAAGCUGCGGUGGUACUUUAAGCUCUACGAUGUAGACGGCAAUGGCUGCAUCGAUCGACAUGAACUGCUCAACAUCAUUAAGGCUAUCCGAGCCAUUAAUGGUGGUGACCAUGAAACUAGUGCAGAAGAGUUCACCAACAGAGUCUUCAACAAAAUUGAUGUCAAUGGAGAUGGUGAACUCUCCCUGGAGGAAUUUGUGGAGGGAGCAAAGGAAGAUGAGGAGUUCAUGGAAGUGAUGAUGAAAAGUUUGGACCUGCAGCACAUCGUGACCAUGAUCAACAACCGUCGGCACAGUGUGUAA